AUGGCCUGGGGAAGCCAUGGCGCAACGGCUUUUGCAACCUUUAUGAUUCUCUGCCCGACAUGUUUUGGCCUCGGCAUCCUCUUCUCCCUCUUCCCCUACGACUACCCCAUCCUAUGGAACCCAGCCGCAUGUCCGCCUGAAGCCUACGUCAGGCUCGAGAACCACCUGAAAUUCCUGCACGCUUCUCCGCUCAUAAUCCCCCGUAUUCUCCACACGGUCAUCGGAACAGGCCUCCUAGGUUUCUUCAUCAAGCUUUACAGGCCCUCGGAAUCCAAUAUGCUCUUCGACGGCGCCAGCCUGGUACUGUACAUGUGCGGUGUGAUUAUAUACCUUGCCAACAUUGUCAAAGGCCUGAGGGUCGUUACCAGUGGUGUAUACGACCGCGAGCUUGUUGAAGGGGAGCUAGCUGUUGGCGUGAAAGGUGUGGAAGCGGGAGCAGAGGAGUUUCUCGGGAGAGAUGACAGUUUGAAAGUGAUGGCAGCUAGCAACACUAUAUUGGCGCUCGUACUGGUUGGAGUGCUAGUGUUGCAAGCCGGGCAGUGGUAUGCUGAGAGGAAAGAAGGGCAAGAGGUGGAGAGUCAUAGGGCAAGGAAGGAGAAGACGGCGAAUGGUGAGAGCAAAGGUGAGGAGAGGAAUAAGCAUAAGAGUCCGAAUUCGAAGAAGAAAAUUUGA